AACAGGGGCAGAGGCAGGAGGGGCUGCUGAGGGUGAGGAUGGGAAGAUGUGGGCUCCAGAUUCUGUGCCUACUCCUGCUGCCUGUCACACCUGUCCAGUCCCCUCAGUCACAGGGCUCUGUGGCCCCAAGGGCAGAGCCAGCACCAGCAGCAGCACAAGCAGCAGCAGCAGCGUACCAAGCCAGCGGUGCCCAGUGGGACAGGCGACCCUGGGAUGCCUCUCCAUACCAUCUCGAUGGCUGAGUGUGGUGGCCCGGUCCCCAGGCUGCACAGAUUUCCCUGAGCCUCAGGCCCCAUGUCAGAGACACCAUGGCAGCCACGGCGCCAGAGGGCUGGCGGCGGCCACGGGUGAGCAUGCAGGAGCAUAUGGCCAUCAACGUGAGCCCGGGCCCCAUCCGGCCCAUCCACCUCAUCUCUGACUACUUCCCGCACUUCUACCCCUUUGCCGGGCCUGGGCGUUGCACCCCUGACUUGCUCUCAGCCACAGCCUCAGCCAACUGCUCCACAACCCAGCUGCAGCAUGACCCAGAGCCAGAGGCAGACUCGGAUGACAGCACUGCCCUGGGGACCCUCGAAUUCACGCUUCUGUUUGAUGCAGACAACAGUGCCCUGCAUUGCACGGCCCAUAGGGCCAAGGGUCUCAAGCCACCAGCCUCAGGCUCUGUGGACACCUACGUCAAAGCCAAUCUGCUUCCAGGGGCCAGCAAGGCCAGCCAGCUUCGGACCCGCACCAUUCGGGGCACGAGGGGACCUGUCUGGGAGGAGACGCUCACCUAUCACGGCUUCACCCGCCAGGAUGCUCGGCGUAAGACCCUUCGGCUGUGUGUAUGUGAGGACCCGUGGCUGCCACGUCGCCGGCGGGCACCUCCCCUGGGGGAGCUCAGGGUGCCCCUGAGGAAGCUGGUACCCAACCGAGCCAGGAGUUUUGACAUCUGUCUGGAGAAGCGGAGGCUGACCAAGCGGCCCAAGAGCUUGGACACAGCCCGAGGCAUGUCCCUGUAUGCGGAGGAGGAAGUGGAGGCAGAGGUGGUUGGGGAGGAGCGUGGGCGCAUCCUGCUGUCCCUCUGCUACAGCUCCCAGCGGGGCGGCCUGCUGGUGGGGGUGCUGCGCUGUGCCCACUUGGCCCCAAUGGAUGCUAAUGGCUACUCAGAUCCUUUUGUCCGCCUCUUCCUGCAUCCAAACUCGGGCAAGAAAUCUAAAUACAAGACCAGUGUUCGGAGGAAGACCUUGAACCCUGAGUUCAAUGAGGAAUUCUUCUAUGCAGGCGCUCAGGAGGAGCUGGCCAAGAAGACGCUACUGGUGUCUGUGUGGGACUAUGACCUGGGGACAGCCGAUGACUUUAUAGGUGGGGUGCAGCUGAGCAGCCAGGCCAGUGGAGAGCGCCUGCGCCACUGGCGAGAGUGCCUGGGUCGCAGUGACCACAGGUUGGAGCUGUGGCACCCGCUGGACGGUGUGGCCCCCCAGCUCAGUGAGCAGGCACAAAGCCCAGCCUACAGCUUCCCCUCAUAGCAGCGAAGAUGACCCUGGAGCUGGCAGGAGCAUCUGGCUCCCACCUUUACCUUUCCUGUCCCCAAGUUUUACCUUCAUCCUCUGCAAAUCAUGACGGCACAAUACAUAUCUCCUGGCUAGACCUGA